CGUCGGAUCGCUCACAGCAGCCAGCGUCACUCACUCGCCUCCGCCUCGAACCACAUGUGAAUCCCAAGUCGUUCAAGCUGUCGUUCUCCUCCGUUUCACCCUUUCUCCCCAGGCUCCGGCCUCGGAUACCACACGCACCAUCGCGAUGCGCCGCCGGUAGCCAUCGCCCACGCCGGCUGGCUUCCGCUCGGACGAGAGCCUUCAUGACGAGCUGGCAGCAGUCGGAGAAGGCCGCCCUGCCACCACCAGACCCUACAGCAGGCAGCACGGGCGGAACCAGCCACACGGCCGACUUCUAUCGCAGACAGCCUGUCUUCGACCGACGCAUUCACAUCAUCGGUGUCGGCAACGUGGGCAAAUUCAUUGCCCACGCCCUGCGCGGCAUACCCAACCCUCCUCCAGUAACGCUGGUAUUCGGGGGCUGGCAAAAGUUCAACGAAUGGAACGACUCGCAACGCCGCCUGGCCCUUGUCACUGAAGGCCAUGUCGAAAUCAGAGACGGUUACGAUGCCGAGCUAGCGAUCCCCCGUGUUCGCUACCAUGGCCACGAGGUCGGCCUGAAUCCCUCCUCUCUAGACACGAUCCAAGGCCCUCAGAUCCUGCCUGGCGAGUCUGCUGAGCCUAUCAGCUCGCUCAUCAUCUGCUCGAAAGCCCCCUAUGUCCUGCAAGCUAUCUCCGCCGUAAAGCACCGGCUGCACAAAGACUCCGUCGUCUGUUUCCUGCACAACGGCAUGGGAGUAAUCGACCAAGUCAACACGGCCAUCUUCCCGGACCCAGAGAAACGGCCACACUAUAUGCUUGGCAUCAACUCUCAUGGCAUGCACGCCUCGCCAGACAGUCGCUUCACUACUGUCCACGCUGGUUUCGGCACCCUCUCGCUGGGCAUCCUACCCCACCAACGAGACCGGCGUGCCAACGAGCCCUACACCCCCGACAUAAGAUUCGCCGCAUCAAGAGACAGCAAGUCCGUCUACCCUGACGCUCCUGACAAACUCAAUCCAGAGUACCCACCCCCAAGUAGCGGCAAAUUCCCCUUCACGCCUAAUCAACGUUAUUUACUCCGCACCCUACUCCGCACUCCAGUACUAAGCGCAGCCUCCUUCUCGCCCCCCGAUCUCUUGCAAAUGCAACUCGACAAAUUGGCCGUCAAUUGCAUCAUAAAUCCCCUAACCGCCCUCCUUGACGCGCGCAACGGCGCCAUUCUGAACAACUACGCCUUGACCCGCACAAUGCGCCUCCUCCUAUCCGAGAUAAGCCUCGUCAUUCGCUCCCUCCCCGAACUUCAAUACAUACCCAACGUGUCCCAGCGCUUCGACCCCGGCCGUCUUGAAACCGUGGUUGUGGCCGUUGCACACCGCACCAGCGACAACGUGAGCAGUAUGUUAGCCGAUACGCGUCAGGGUGCGCAAACUGAGAUUGAGUAUAUCAAUGGCUGGAUUGUGAGGAGAGGCGAGGAGUUGGGAAUUCGAUGUGCGAUGAAUUAUAUGGUUAUGCAAUUGGUCAAGGGCAAGAGAAUGGUGGUGCAGCAUGACAUGGAAGAAGAGCUUCCCCUUGUAGGGAGUAAGAAAGGGGGGAGGGCGGAGGUGGAGUUGGUGAUUAAGAGGGAUGACGCGGAAGCCCACAAGGAAGGCACACCGUGAGACUGCAUUUGUCUUUGACGCCAGGGUUAAACCUUUUGCACAGUUCGACUACACAGCGCUCCACGGGCUAUCAAAAUCAAUACUAUGUAAACAAACCAAUUAUUCCCACGAACGGUAAUACAAUCCGCAGAGCAGAAUGCGCCAUC